AUGGGCAUCGCCAUCCCGUUGCUCCUCUGUGUGCUUUUGCUAACAUGGCUGCUGAAUAACACUGCGAGGCGCAGUGUUCGAAGGCUCUUUCCCGGACCGAAAACACUCCCAUUUCUCGGAAACGUCCAUCAGAUACCCCGCGAAUCUCAACACACGACGUUUGCAGAAUGGAUACAGCGUUACGGACCAGUUGUCUAUGCACGAAUAUUCCAGAUCGGAGUGGGGACCAUAACACAGUUUCUCCCAUAUGGCGCACGAUGGCGUCGGCAUCGUAAGUGGAUGCAGGGUGCACUGAUGGACAAGCGUGCUCUGGACUCGUACCGCGAGAUGCAAGUGAGAGAGGUCCGCCGCUUACUCUCGGACUUUACCGAGCGUCCGGAAGAUUUCAUGAUGCACAUCAAGCAAUUCGUACUGGACCUCGCGUAUGGCCAUGCAAUUGGCUCUUCUCAGGACGAGUUCGUCGCAAUGGCUUCGAAGGCGAUCGCAGAUGCUGCGGAGGCGGGAAAUUCUGGAGCUGCGUUGGUUGAUCUAUUCCCGCUAUUGAGGCAUAUCCCUGCUUGGAUGCCCGGAGCCGAAUUCAAACGAAACGCUAUACGCAUGAAGCACUCUAUCCGAAAUGUCAUGGAGAUCCCUUACAAAUUGGCAAAGGAGGCAGUGCUGUCAGGAACUGCGAACUCGUCCUUCGUUACUUCUAUUUUACACGAGCUGCUGCAAAAUGGAGAACUUACUGAAGAGGAUGAGCAUGAUGUCGUGGAGGCUGCGGGAGGUCUGUUCACAGGUAAUGCUUCGUUCCGUUACAGCUACACCACAAGGACGCUCCUCGCGUUCAUUCUCGCGAUGGUUCUCUAUCCGAACGUGUGCAAGAAAGCACAAGCGGAGAUCGAUAGCGUCACCGGUUCGACACGGCUACCGGACUUCGGAGACAGGGCCUCUUUGCCAUAUCUCGAACGAGUGUUGCAAGAACUGUUUCGGUGGAACUGCCCCGUUACGCUGGAUUGUCAUAUACCUGGAGGGACCAUGAUUGUCCCAAACAUAUGGGCCAUGACUCGCAAUUCACAGCUGUACUCAGACCCGGAAACAUUUCGUCCAGAGCGCUUUGACGAGCUGGACUCAUCAACCGUGGACUUGCAUGAUCCCCGCAAGCUCGUCUUCGGGUUUGGUCGACGUAUCUGCCCUGGACGCCACCUGGCCGAUUCCACUAUCUGGCUUGCGAUGACUACCAUCCUGGCCUGCUUCGAUAUCUCCAAAGCCUUAGACGAGAAAGGGAUUGAGAUAACGCCCGCCGCCUCUUUCACUGCCACCGCUGUUAGGCACACGAAGCCAUUCAAGUGCAAUAUCAGCCCUCGAUCUCACAUUAGCGUGGAGCAAUUAGUGGUGUAG